GUUCGCACGUCGCUAAUUCGUGCUCCGUGGGCUUCCCACUCCGGAAAAGCCGCGACAAGCACGGGAACACAGCGGCCGGCACCGCGAAUAUACCAUCGUUCCCCUCGCCAACCCUUCCUUCCCUCCCGCGCUCCGCCGCUCGCUGCCCAUUUCCACUCCCCCGAAGCCGCAGAGCCAGAGCCCCACGAAAUCGCACCCUCACCAUGGCGGUGGCCUCCACCUCCCCCCUUCACGCCAAGCCCACCACCGCGCGGUCGCCGCCGCGGCCCCCUCCCGGCUUCCUCCCUCUCCUCGCCCACCGCGCCCGCGCCCCGCGCCUCGGCCCCGUCGCCACAUGGAGGAGGUUUCGCACGGAGGCGGUGAAAACGCAGCGAGAGAAGCAGCAGACGGAGGUGGCCGUCGAGGAGUCCUUCCCCGUGAAGAAGACGACGCCUCUGGACGGAGCGGACGACACGAUGGUUCCCACGGACGAGAGCUGGGUGGUGAAGCUCGAGCAGUCCGUGAACAUUUUCCUCACGGAGUCGGUGAUAAUGAUACUUGAUGGUUUCUACCGUGACCGCAAUUAUGCCAGAUUUUUCGUAUUGGAGACAAUUGCUAGGGUGCCGUAUUUCGCAUUUAUAUCGGUGCUUCAUAUGUAUGAGACAUUUGGCUGGUGGAGAAGAGCUGAUUACAUAAAGGUUCACUUUGCUGAAAGCUGGAACGAGUUUCAUCACCUCUUAAUCAUGGAAGAAUUGGGUGGCAACUCUUUAUGGCUUGAUCGUUUUCUUGCACGGUUUAUGGCAUUUUUUUACUACUUCAUGACUGUUGCAAUGUACAUGCUGAGCCCAAGAAUGGCUUAUCACUUUUCUGAAUGUGUGGAGAGGCAUGCAUACUCAACUUAUGACAAGUUUCUCAAGCUCCAUGAGGAGGAGUUGAAAAGACUACCAGCUCCUGAGGCAGCUAUAAACUAUUACCUGAAUGAGGAUCUUUACAUGUUUGAUGAGUUUCAGACAGCGAGAGUCCCAUGUUCUAGGAGGCCUAAAAUCGAUAACUUAUAUGAUGUGUUUGUCAACAUACGAGAUGAUGAGGCAGAGCACUGCAAGACAAUGAAAGCCUGUCAAACACAUGGAAAUCUUCGUUCUCCUCACUCCAUGCAGAACUGCUUAGAAACUGAUACGGAAUGUGUAAUACCCGAAAAUGAUUGUGAAGGUAUCGUGGAUUGUGUCAAAAAGUCUCUUAAAAGUAAAGACUGAGAUCUGUAUCUUUGUGUUCAGGCAUGAUAGAAUAUAAAAUUUUGAUGAUAUUCUGUUUGUUUUCCUUUUUUUUCCCUUAAAAUUAGGAAUAGUCGUGCCUGUACUUUUUUUAGUCCGGGUCAUAUAUUACAUAAGUCGCUGUAGAUGUAACACAAUCGAAUAUCUUAUUUGUGAAGAGAUGCCAAUUCAGGCUUUGAAA